UGUCAAAGUGAAAUGUUAAUGGAAUGCAAUACAGCAAAGAGUGCAAUCCACUGAUUUAUUUAAAUCCCAGGCGCCCUGCAUUGAUGGCUUUCUGAUUUCACCUGUGAGCCGAGUGGCUCUCAGUCUAACCACGAGAGAAACCAGAAGGUGAAGUGCUCCACUCUGGGACUGUGCAAGUCUCUGUCACAGUUUCCCCAGCAGGAAGUGCGCUCCAACACCAUCCCUGAGCAGCAACCAAGCCUGGCCCACCUGCUUCCGUCUCGUCUGUAUCCUGCAAGCCGGAUACCUCAGCAGCAAACCACACAAAAUGCUGGAGGAACUCAGCAAGACAGACAGCAUCUAGGGAGACAAAUAAACGGUUGAUAUUUUGGGCCAAGACUCUGUACAAUGUCCUGAGAAUGUUACUCAAAAUGGCUUCUUUGGUUUGUUACAAGUAGGAAUGCUUCUUUGUCUGAUAAGUGUUUCUCUCGCCGUUGUUCUGCUUUAAAAUGGCUGAUAUGGUAACUGUAUUCAUUUGUUAAUCAAUGGGGAAUGUUAUUGUGUCUUGUGAGGCUGGGAACUUAGGGGAGGGGUUUUCGCGGGUUUUUGGUAUGAGGGGAGUCGGGAGAAAGACGCCGAGGGAGGUGGGCGUGCGCUCGGAAGAUCACCGGGGAGUCUGGGGUGGAAGACGUGGAAGUCGGAGGCAAGCGACGAGGGGUCGAAUGGUUCGAUGGUUGAGCUGCAACGAGUGCACUAAACAGACUGAACUUUGAUAAUGCGCGAGGCAUAAACUCGAUUCUCACAGCACCUGCGCAUACGGGAGGUGGGUUGGUGAGUGGCUGGAUCUCUGUUUCCCCGAGACAUAUUCCAGCCUUUUGGGUAAGUGUUACAUUUGUGUGGUGCUCGUCCCGAAUUGGAUUCUCAGGGGCUGUGGAAUCACGCAGGCAGCAGAGUGGAGAUGGACAGAGAUAAGAUUGUUUGUUGGUGCGAAUUUGAAGGUGUACCGGUGCAGUAUGCAUGCGUAGUGAGCGGAGUGGAUUUUUGAGUUUCGGGAGGCGCGGUAGUGCAGGGGUUAAGUUUGGCAAAAGGUAUUGGGCAGGUAGAAUUGGUAGCUAGACGGUGUGGUAAAGAGGUGGAGUCCAGUUGGGUGUUGGUUAGUACGAGUGCUGACGUCAGGACGGUGGAACUGCCGGCGACGGUCAGUGUACCGGGGGAGGAGGGGCUGUGGGGGCUCCACUCCUUUUCCAAGGAUGAGGCUGAGGAGACAUCGGAGGAGGAGUUAGAGCUAGAGGUGGACCCCCGAGAGGUGCCCGGCAGUAGUAAAGGGAGGCGGGAAGAGGGAGUCGUGACUAGGCCCCGCCCCCCAGGUAGGAUGGAAGCCUCGGAGUUGACAGCCGCACUUAACUCCCUGGUGGGGGUGGCCGAGAGGCCACGGCUGAAGCUGGGGGUGUUCUCCGGAGCCAAGCCUACUCCGGACUGGGAGGUGGACUAUGAGACCUGGAUCGAGCAUAUGUCCUUGAUGUUAGAGGAGUGGCCAGGCUCAGAGGAGGAGAAGAGGCAGCGAUUGGUGGGAAGUUUGAGGGGUUUAGCAGCCAAAACCGUCCGGGAGUUGAAAGCUGAGAAGCCUGGGGCCUCAGUGGAGGAAUAUAUAGAAGUUUUGGGGGGAGCGUUUGGGUUGUCAGGGGAACCCUGGCUGCUUUUAGCAGAGUUCCAACGCCUGGAACAAUGGAGAGGGGAAAAGCUCUCCGAGUACAUAUUUAGGAUGGAGGGGAUGCUCUCGGGGCUGCGGCGUCGGGGGGUAGCGAAGGCGACUGACGUGGCUAGCGUGAGGAUGAGUCAGCUAUUCAGUGGCUCUCUGGAGGAGGACAAGGUGGCGUGGACUAUCCGGCAGGCUUAUAGGAAAGGCCCCCCUCCAUCCUUCGGGCAACUGAUUAGAGAGGUGCGAGAGGAAAAGAGAGCGUUGGGGCGGAAAAGGGGCACAGGCCUACGGGAACGAUCCUCAGCGAUACAAGAAGUGGUGGCUGGGUGGAGGAAUGACAAUCCCCCGGGGAGUAGGGAACCCCCUCUGGAGGGGAGGGACAGGGGAGGUACCCACUCUCAGGGGCGAUCAGUGCAGUGGAUUGGGAGCAGGAGCCGUCCUGGGAGAGGAGGGGCGGCAGGCAACGUGUGCUUUAACUGUGGGAAAGAGGGGCAUUUCAGGCGGGACAGUGGGCGGCCGAGGGUGUGCUAUAGCUGUGGAGAGGAGGGACACUUUAGGUGGGAUUGUGAGAGACAAGGAGUCCCGCGGAGGACAAGCCCCCCUACGACUAAAAAGGGAGAGGUGUUGGGAAACUUAGGAGAGGCUCAGUGAGGGAACGGACUGGAGCAUCUGGAGGAACACGUUCCCAUAGAUCAGCCAGGGGACCACCGGGUGCCCAUGCCUGUAUUCCGGAUGGGCUGGUAGGACCCCGUGCCAGUGUGGGUCUACGGAUAGAGGGAGUUUACGCAAAAGCCAUUCUUGAUACGGGAUCACAGGUGACCUUAUUGUACCGGUCUUUCUACAAUCAAUAUCUAAAGCAUUUGCCCAUAACCCCAUUUGACGCCCUUCAGAUUUGGGGUGUGAGCGAGGGUGACUACCCAUACGAUGGGUACCUAUCGGUGAGAUUGGAGUUCUCGGAGGGCGAUGUGGGAGUGUCCGAAGCUAUUGAGACGUUGGUGUUGGUGUGUCCUGACCCGGUGGAAACCGGUGGUGCUGCCCUCCUGGUGGGGACCAACUCCCCUGUGGUGCGACGGCUCCUGGGAGCUUGUAAGGAGAAAGGGGGUGAAGACUUUCUGGAGACCCUCUCGGUGCAUCCAGUGUUUCGAGCAGUGUUCAAAGAAGGGGUUGCCUCCCUAGGGCUGGACCUGGAGUGUAAACGAGGGACGGUGUGGUGUACGCAGGCGAGGCCCAAGGUGAUCCGACCAGGGGAGGUAGCACUCGUGAUGGGGACCCCCAGAUUCCCAGGAGUGCCGACGGGAGAAGCCCUGUUAGUAGACGCCCCAGACGAUCUUGAAGGGGAGACACGAUUUCCAUCGGGGGCAUUGGUGAGGCUCGAAGUGCAGAGACCAGAGGUGGUACAUGCGAGGCGUAUAGCCGUAAGUGUCAGGAACACCACGGCAAGAGAAAUCACCUUUAAGAGGGGAAUGCCACUGGCACAUCUGUUCCCGGUGACGGUAAUGUCUAGCGCACCAGUGAGGACCCCUACCGGGGAGGGAUCGGAGCAUCGAAGGGAGCUGACCGCUGAAGUCUUUAACUUCGGGGAUUCCCCUGUGUCGCCGGAGUGGAAACACCGGCUAGUGGAGAAGAUGCUGAAGAUGGAAGCUGUUUUUUCUCGGGGCGAGUUUGAUGUUGGCUGCUCCAAAAGCACUCGCCACACCAUCCGGGUGACGGAAGACACCCCGUUCCAAGAGAGAUCCCGGCAGCUGGCUCCGGCAGCACUUGUGCAAGUUGAAGGAGGCCGGAAUCAUAGCUGAGUCUCGAAGUCCUUAUGCGUCCCCAAUAGUGGUGGCAUGAAGAAGAAUGGGCGAGUGCGCAUGUGUGUUGACUACAGCACGUUGAAUCGGCGAACUGUCCCUGAUCAAUAUACUGUCCCAAGAGUCGAGGAUGCGCUGGCCUGCCUGAGCAGUGCGAAGUGGUUCAGUGUGCUGGAUAUAAGAAGUGGGUAUUGCCAGAUCCCGAUGAGUGCGGGCGAUAAAGAGAAGACCGCUUUUAUCUGCCCGCUGGGGUUCUUUCAGUUCGAACGAAUGCCCCAAGGCAUAUCGGGAGCCCCAGCCACCUUCCAGAGGCUCAUGGAGAGAACUGUGGGGGAUAUGAAUCUGUUGGAGGUGCUGGUGUACCUGGACGAUUUGAUAGUGUUUGGAUCAACUUUGGAGGAACAUGAGGAGAGGCUGUUGAAGGUGUUGGGCCGGCUUAAUGAAGAAGGGUUGAAGCUUUCCCUGGACAAAUGCCAGUUCUGCAAGUCGUCGGUUAGCUAUGUUGGCCAUAUCAUUUCGCGAGAGGGAGUGGCUACUCAUCCAACCAAGAUAGAGGCCGUGACCACCUGGCCGAGACCCCAGAAAGUGGGCGCUCUGCGCUCAUUUUUGGGGUUCUGUGGGUAUUACCGGCGAUUUGUGAAAGGAUACGCCAAAGUGUGUCACCCGUUGACUCAGCUGUUGUGUGGUUAUCCCCCGGUGGGAAAGAAGAGGACGGGGGACCAGAGGCAGGACCUUUUGGCUCGAGAUGGGAUGAUCGAUGUGAAGAGGCAUUCCGAUCUUUGAAAAGGGCACUGACCCAGGCCCCGGUGUUGGCUUUUGCCGAUCCCCAGAAGCCAUAUGUGCUGCAUACGGAUGCCAGCUGAGAGGGUCUCGGGGCUGUUCUGUACCAGGAGCAUGGCAAAGCAUUGAGACCGGUAGCCUUUGUCAGCCGAAGCUUGUCGCCAUCAGAGAGAAACUAUCCCACUCACAAGUUGGAGUUCCUGGCGCUGAAGUGGACUGUGGUGGACAAGCUGGGCAAUUACCUGUACGGAGCCAAGUUUGAGGUGAGAA